CUUAAUAAUAUUUCUUUCAUAAGACAGAAAUAUGGUGAAGAAGAAAACAUUAAUCAGAUAAAUUAUUGAAUUUUGUUUUCGGAUUAAUAUUUAACAUAUAUUACUGUCUAUAAUUGUUUUGGAAUAACAGUGAAUGCCGCGUGUUAGUUAGGCGACACAGCAAACUGCACGCCACUUUGAGAAUCUUUCAUCAACUAACAAAACCUACCGCAGUAUCCUUCUCUUUGAAGAAUGAGAUCUCCUUUGUCUGCACGCUUCUUCCUACCCACCAAACCCUCCCCAUCGCGACCUUUCCUCCCUCACACUCCCCGAGAAGAAAGGAAGGAAGGAAGGAAGAGAUCGUAGCAUCUUCUUCCUCUUCUCAUCUAUCUCCAUGGAGGAGGUGAAGCCGAUCCCUCAUUCGCCAACCAAGAAAUGGUUCUUGGAUUGGCAGCGUGACGGCCACCACGAGAGGGAGAUGUUGCUCGGCGUCGACUUCUCGAAGCGCUCCUCCCUGUGCGCCGGUGACCUCCUCCAGAACUGCGAUCUUCCCCCUCCCCUCAAACUCUUCUCCCCCGUCGAACAAGAUGACAAGAAAGCUGUCCGGUCCUCUGGUGUUCGGUCCGAAGGAUGCUGUGUUGCUGGCAGCGAGGUCGAUCGGUGGGAUGGCGACGAGAACCCGAGCUUGUUGAGAGCUCUGCGGCUGUCGCAGACCCGGGCGAGGGAGGCGGAGAAGAGGGCGUCGCAGGAGCGCAGCAGGAACCAGGACCUGGUCGGGCUGCUCCUGGCCGACUCGCUCAGGCUGUCUGCUUAUAGGCGGUGGGUGGAGCUGCUGGAGGCCGAGGUGUCGGUGUUGCAGAAGAGGAUAUUGCGGCCAGCGCAGAAGGAGGAGCUCGGAGACGAAGGCUCCGACCCGGCCGCCGCCAUGACGUGGUGGUGCACCCUGGCCUUGUCCCUGGGCAUUGUCGGGGUGGGCUAUGCAUUAGGACGAUGCAUAUUCUGAUCGAUGACUCGCACCGUUUGGUGCAGAAUUAGACUGAUUCAGGACGAUGCCUGUACAUUUGAAACCAGUCGAUAGAAGAAGAUACGGUGCAGAGUCGUAUAUGAACGACAUGUUCGCUCCACUCUGUACCUCGUUUAGAACAGAGCAGAUUUCUCCUCU